AUGGCGGUUCGCACGAAUAAUUUAUCAAUGUUCACAUCCCUCUCUGUCCUGUACUGUUCUUUCUUUUCUAUAAUUUUAUUUUUGUCUGUCCAUGCAUGUUCUCCCACUGAAUCCAGAGCGCUUCUCAGCCUUAAGGCCGCUUUCCUUGAUACUCAUGGAAUGCUAAAGUCAUGGGAGGGAGAUGACUGUUGUGUAUGGCUAGGUGUCCACUGCGAUGAAAUGGAAUUGGGUGGACAUGUUACUGAGCUGAAUCUCGGUAACUUUAGACUUCUAUCAAAACAUAUUCCUCCUCAACUUGGAAAUUUGUCUUCCUUGCGUUAUUUAGACCUUCACAAGAACCUAUUACAAGGCCCCAUCCCCUCUAGCUUGGGUUUACUCACCAAUCUUACUUACAUAGAUCUUAGCAAGAACAUGAUUAGUGGUCCAAUCCCUCCGUCUCUAGGCAAUCUCCUGUCCCUUAUCGUCUUAGAUUUACAUGACAAUCAAUUGGAAGGCAGUAUCCCAUUUAGUUUAGGCAAAAUUAGCACACUCAAAAGCUUAUCCCUUUCCCACAACAAGAUGAGCGGAGGCCUUCCUUUGUCAUUUGCACAAUCAUCUUCCCUCCUCAGUCUUGAUCUGAAAAACAACCGAUUGAAUGGAAGUAUUCCUUCCUUGCUCACAUUACCAUCUUCUCUGCAAACUUUUUCUCUCUCCAACAACAACAUGACAGGAACAGUUUCAGAUGAAGUUCUCCUCCGCAAUAGCUCAAGCUUGCAGAUAUUGGACUUAUCUCACAGUGGAUUGAAUAUCCACAUUGACUCCACGCCUUGGAUUCCGCCUUUUCAGCUUCAAAUCUUGAAUUUCAGAAGUUGUAAAAUUGGAAGUCCAAUUCCAAGCUGGAUUUCAACUCAAUUUAAACUUGAAAAUCUGGACCUAUCGGACGCCAAUCUUGUGGAAGAUCUUCCACCUUGGCUAUGGAAUUUCUCAUCGGAAUUGAUGAGUUUGAACCUGUCAAACAAUCAUUUGGAGGGUCCUCUCACUAUUACUUCAAUCCCAGUUCCACUGCUGGUGUUGGAUCUGUCUGUAAAUGAACUGAGUGGCCCUUUCUUGCUAGAUAUUCAUAUGCGUCAACUAUGUCAAUUGCAGGUUCUUUUACUUGCACACAACAAAAUCAAAGGACCAAUUCCAGUUUCAUUAGAGACUAUUGCAUCUCCUAUAGCUUUUCUAGAUUUGUCAAAUAAUCAACUAAGAGGCAAUAUCCCCGUUGCUUUGGGUAAUUUGCAGUAUCUUAGCGUGCUGAAUUUAAAGAACAACAGUUUAAAUGGAGAGAUCCCUGCUAGUCUGGGCAAGCUGUCAGCACUUGUAAUGCUCAACCUGGCACGUAAUGAUUUGGAGGAGGUGACGUGGUUGUCCGUACUGCUGACUGUGCGUACGGUGAUCUGCGUGUCGUACGGAUAUGUUUAUCCAUGGGCCAGUGGCCGCUUGCCACGUGGCGGGCGUGGUCCACCUGUCUUUGUCCUCGUGGCUUGCUGUGGGCCCCUGCAGGUGGGCCGAGGAGGAGGCGGCGCGGGAGGGAGACCCAGGAGGCGGGCGGUCGUCGCUGCUGGUGACGAGCGCCAGAUGCAGUGGUUGCCGGGCGGAAGGAAGCCGGAGCCGGGGUGGGCGGAGGCGGCCGGAGUCCGAAGCGACGCUGCGGGGGAGGUGCCAGCGGACGCGGAGCCAAAGGCCGCUGCGGGAGCGGAGGACCUGCAGAAAGCUGGGCGCUGCCGGAGCAGGGACGCGGGUGGCGCGGCUGACGGACUCUCUGCGGCGGUGUUCGUGCAGCUGCACGGGACGAGGUUGUGGAGUCCGGCAGGAAGGUACAGCGAGGACGUCAGAGGAAGUGACAGGCACGACAGACGAUGA